AUGCUGGAGCCAUCAACCCUGACCGAGUACACCAGCCCAUGGAGGCGCAUUAUCGCUUUUGUCGCCGACCACAUCCCCAACCAAAAGGUCUGCGGCGCCAUGACCUCAUUCGCCGGGCCCCUAGAUCGAGCCACAGUGAAGAACGUAUGGGCGGCAUUCUGUAUGACUGGGGGCACAAUUCCUACGUCUUGGGAAGUGGAAUACCGAAACGGAGAGCAAAUCAAGAAAUUCGAGACGAUUUUACGAUUGGCUACGCGGCCUCGACCCAUUUAUGCCGAGGUCGAGAAGGCGUUCAUGGUUGCGCAGAACCUAAGAGGUGUCAACUAUCACGGGAAAACAUACGAUCGAGACGAAGCCAUCGAUUACGUCAAAGCGAAGGAAGAUGCAAAGAAGAAAACAGAAGAAGAAAAGAAGAAAAGGGCCCUCAAGAAGGAUCAGAAGAAUCAAGAUGUCGCCAAGAACAGAGAGAAGGGCGAUGAAAGUGUCUCUAGAUCGGCUGCUCAGGGAGCUCAUGAGGAGGCCAAGAAAAUGGCGGACGAAGAGGCCGAGAAGAAGAAGGCGGAGGAAGAUUUGGCGAAGAGAAGAGAGGAGUUAGAAAAGAGAGAGAGGAAAGUGGACGAGAGAGAAAGGGCAAUGGCAAACCAACGAGAGAAACGGAAUCGAGACUUCGACACCGACGCACAAGACGAAAACAGACCGGAAAACAAGAAGGAGAAGUAG